AUGCUGGUGGAUGGCCAAAUCUCACAAGAAUUCGACGUUACAACUGGUGGUUUACAAGGUGAUACAUUAGCACCUUUUCUCUUCAUAAUUGUAAUAGAUUGCGUCAUGAAAAAUGCAGAAUCAGAUCACACAAAUGAACAAGGUGAACAUGGAUUUAUAACAAAUUUACGACAGUCACAAAGACGACCAACAACUACAAUCCAUGAUCUAGACUUCGCCGACGACAUAGCUCUACUCGAAAGCAACUUUGAUAGAGCACAAAUGCAAUUGAUCACAACGGUGAAAUGGGCUGAUAAAGUAGGCCUACAGGUGAAUCAAGAACCUCUGGUACAAACUAUACAACGUCGACACCUGCGCUUCAUUGGACAUUGCCUCCGCCGAAAUCCAACCGAAUUUACCAACAUGUAUACUCUGUACACUCCGAAACCUGGCCAUGGAAAACGUAAGCGUGGUCGACUCGCUUAA